AUGGGGUUGCCGGCGUUGCUGCUUCUUGCUCUGUGCGCGGCAAGCGCCCGGGGGCUUUAUUUCCACAUCGGCGAGACCGAAAAGCGCUGCUUCAUCGAGGAAAUCCCCGACGAGACCAUGGUCAUCGGGAACUACCGCACCCAAAUGUGGGAUAAACAGAAGGAGGUCUUCCUGCCCUCGACCCCCGGCCUGGGCAUGCAUGUGGAGGUGAAGGAUCCUGAAGGCAAGGUGGUGCUCUCCCGGCAGUACGGCUCAGAGGGCCGCUUCACCUUCACUUCCCACACUCCUGGUGACCAUCAGAUCUGCCUGCACUCCAACUCUACCAGGAUGGCUCUCUUUGCUGGAGGCAGACUGCGUGUGCAUCUAGACAUCCAGGUUGGGGAGCAUGCCAACAACUACCCUGAGAUUGCUGCCAAGGAUAAGCUGACAGAGUUGCAGCUCCGAGCCCGCCAGCUGCUUGAUCAGGUGGAGCAGAUCCAGAAGGAGCAGGAUUACCAAAGGUAUCGUGAAGAGCGCUUCCGUCUGAUCAGUGAGAGCACCAACCAGAGGGUCCUGUGGUGGUCCAUCGCUCAGACUGUCAUCCUCAUCCUCACUGGCAUCUGGCAGAUGCGUCACCUCAAGAGCUUCUUUGAGGCCAAGAAGCUGGUGUAG